UACGAGUGGAUUUAACACGAGCAGAGGGUUAUUUGCUCACGCGUCACCAGCUCCCCCCCAGACAGAACCUCACGUCCACAACUUUUUUAUUUAAUGUCCAUACUUCCCGCAUGUUUCUGACACCUUGCCGUUGUUUAUAAAGUACAGUUCGCACGUGCGUGUUUUUAAUUAGCGCGCGCGUGUGUGAGAGAGCGCGCGCGCCCGUCCGCGAUGCUCUGAACGGCUCCCCGGCAGUGCGCGCCUUCUCCGCUCGCGUCCAGGUGUGACAUUUUUCGGAUGCUUCUAGACAUUUGAACCCGGGCCCCAAUCAUCAUGACGGACUCCUCCUCUGCCUCUGACCCCACGGCCGGUCCUGUAGACCCCGGUCCCGCUCCUUCUGCCCCGGAUCCAGCUCUGGAGGAUCCAGCAUCGACUCCCGCCAACGGACACCAUCCGAAUCAAGCGGACAGUUUUAACAUGGAGCAGCAGAUGAAGAUCGGGGAGCCGGAGGAUAACGCAGGGCUCCUGGAGAGCAGCAUGCGGCUCAAACCCCAUGAGGCCCAAAGCUACAGAAAAAAAGCACUAUGGGUGUCGUGGGUCUCCAUUGUGGUGACGAUGAUCUUGGCGAUCGCUGCGUUCACUGUUUCUAUAAUGCGGCAUAGUGCGUCAGCAUUUGGGUUUGCAUUUGACGCCACACUGGAUGUCCUGUCCUCCAUUAUUGUGCUUUGGCGAUACAGUAAUGCUGCAGCCGUUCAUUCAGCACACAGAGAAUACAUAGCAUGUGUUAUCCUUGGGGUCGUCUUCAUCCUGUCGGCCAUAACAAUCUUGGUGAAAGCCAUCCAUGAUCUUGCCACAAAACUGGAACCAGAAGUGGAUGAUUUCCUCUACAGCGUGUCUGUGAUCAGUGGGGUGGUCUGCACGGUUCUGUGUGUCUGCAAGUUCAUGCUGGGUAAAGUUCUGACCAGCAGAGCCCUCAUCACUGACGGGUUUAACUCCCUGGUUGGAGGAGUGAUGGGUUUCUCCAUCCUGAUCAGCGCAGAGGUGUUCAAACACGAGCCUAGCGUCUGGUUUCUGGACGGCACCAUCGGCAUCCUCAUCGGCCUCAUCAUUCUGGCCUACGGAGUCAAGUUGUUAAAGGACAUGGUUCCUCGCAUCAGGCAGACGAGACACUACGAGCGCUUCGAGUAGAGUUCAGAUUCUGGUUGAUUCAACGCAAGGAAAACACUCCUGUGGAGAGUGAAAAAUACACGCAUACACGAACACACACACUUCUCCCUGCCUCAGGGCAAAGCUCCCCCUGUAAAUAAGGAUCUGAAAGGGAAAUACUGAAUACUGCACACUGAAAUAUAGUAUUGUAUAAAGCCCAAGCCAGAAACUAGAACAUCCGAGAUCUAAAAUAUAAGCAAUUAAGUUGUGUGUUUCUAAGAGGGUGAAAAAAGGAGGCUUUAUGGAUAUUCCUCACCUCAGUGUGAUGUUUUACAUAUGAUUUGUGCGGAUGAUCACAAAACAACAAUACAUUUAAUGUUAUACAUGUUCAGGUUAUAGGGGGGAAGAGGUUUAUCAGGUAAACUUAACACACAGAUUGUCUUUUUUUGUCUAGUUUGUUUAAAUUAAACUAUUUAUUUAGUAAAAGU